GUAGUGUGAAGACAAAGUACAGAUGAGUGAGUUUUACAAGAGACUAUGGGCGUCUCAGAUAUACUGGGUUUUAUUACUUUCUUUCUUUUAUUAAGUCAUAUCAACUCUGAAUGUUUUUCGGGAUGUUCCUGUGUGACUGAUCGUCAUGGGAGGUCACUCACGUGUAUGGAAACGGCAUUAUCGGCGGUUCCUGAGGAUUUACCGGAAGACUUUACCAAAAUCCGCAUUGAGAAAUCACAUCUUCGUGAACUGCCAAAGUCUGCGUUUUCCCGCGUUAGGUCGUUAAAGAAUCUCUGGCUAAAUUUUAACGACAUAGCCAUCAUAAACAUCAAAGGAUUGGAGGGUUUGGGAAACCUGACGGAGCUCAGGUUACAGGGGAACAAGCUGCGUUCAGUACCAUGGACAGCGUUUGAAGAAACCCCCAACCUCAAGAUUCUGGACCUGAAACACAACCUCAUCGACGCGCUCCCCGAACACGCACUCAAGUUUUUACCCCGUCUGACCUAUCUAGAUCUGUCCUCUAAUCAACUUUCAGUCAUUUCUAAAGAGGUCUUCCUGAACUGGCCUCUCUACCAAACAGACAACCGAAAAGAAAAACAUGCAGCGCCAAACUUUGUUCUGGCGCUCCACGACAACCCGUGGCUUUGUGACUGUCGCCUCGGAGGCUUCGUUGAAUUUAUCAGAUCAAUGAGUCCGCCAUUUAUUCUCAUGAACUCGUAUUUAACAUGUUUUGGUCCAGACUUCAGGGCUGGGAAGUUUUUUCAUGAGGUGGAGUUAAAGGCAUGUGUGCAACCGGUGGUAAGCGCGCAGACCACCAACGUAACUAUGCCAUUGGGUGGGAACGUCACUCUGUCAUGCUUAGCGAUGGGCAGACCUGAACCUGAUAUUCGCUGGACGUAUAGUCUGAAAAUACUAAGAGGAUUUCGUGAGAUUCAGAGCCGUGUGGAUGAAGACACUAUCAUGUCUCAGUUGGUCAUUCCCUCCCUUCAACUGGCUGAUCGAGGGCCCUAUACCUGCAUUGCCAACAAUUUCAUUGGCAAUUCCUCCGUUAACAUUCUACUGGAUGCGAAGUCUCCGGAUGGCUCGCUUUCUUACUCCUCAGUCCUCCCUGCUGCCAUCGGCGAGGAAAACAUUUAUAUCGACAUCCGUAUUGCCAAGCAAACAGUCUAUGGAAUUAAAAUCGAGUGGUGGGCUGUGACCGAGAAUCCAGCUGAAACCUGGUUCACCGUCCACUUUGGGAGAUAUGACGCUCCCAGGAAAGAGCAGAUAUACAUCGGGCCAGGUAUCAACACCUAUUCUGUCACAGACCUCUUACCUGCCACCAAGUAUGAAAUCUGUGUGACUUUAAAAAACCAGGCUCCUCGAAGCGACCAGUGCAUCGUGUUUGUUACAGGCAGCGAUUUCAACGAGAUGGAACAGAGAGAGAAGCUCAUUCACAUUGUGGUCGUCGUGCUCGCCAUGGUGCUUGCCGUGCCGGCGGGAAUGUACGCGUGCACCACUAAUGCCAAUUUCGCCUGCCUGGAGCGUGGCAUGGAGAUGUGGAGAAACAGGAGUCAUGCGGAGCACUCUCACAGGUCUGAUGAGAGGCAGGGCACUUUUGACAGUCUUCAAGCUGCCAGUGAUGAGGGUCUCUGUCAGGAAUCCAGCAAGGAUCAGAAGACUCGAAGAAGGUCGAUUGAUAAGAUACUUAAAGCGAAGAACGAUCGCAGACCGACAGCUGAGCUUUAUUAAGGCCACAUGCUUAGUGACAUCUAUAGCUUGAUUAAUACCCAAGACUCAGAGAGGACACAGCCAGGCCUCCAUUUUAAUUACAUUGUGAGAUUUAUCCAGCUUGGGUGCAUCAACACGAGAUCCCUGCAGAGUAAAAUGAAUAUACUAAUUACAAGUAUGGUUGCAUAAACUCGUAGAUUUGAUGUUGUGAGAGAUUUUAUAAACAGGAUAAAAGAUUUUUAAGGAUAAAAGCAGAAAGAUGGUGAAACCUGUAAAUACACUGUACUGUAUAUGUAUAGACCAUUUUUUUUAGAAGGCAGAAAAGUUAGAAUUAUUAAUUGAUUUGAGUAAAAUGUAAUUCAUGUUUUUACAAUCUUAAAUGCUGUGUUGUUUCAACCCAUGGUUGGGUAAAAUAUGGACAUUUUCUAACCCAACGGUUAGGUUUGUCCAUAUUUUACCCAACUAUGGGUUAAAGCAUUUUAGUGUA